UCCCCCUUCCAACCCCCAAACCUCAUCCUCCCACCUCGUCGCCCCCGCCCCAACUUUUUUCCUCUUGCAUGAUUUCCCUCGCCGCUCGGCUCUGCCACUCGGAUGUUGUUUGCUCGGGAGCUGAACUGGGAGCCACGUUGAGCCAGCCUUUUCCUCCAGUGCUAUGACAGGCAAACUACUGGUGGAGAAGCUGCCGGGGACCAUGAACACUUUGAUGAACCAAUUGCCUGACAAUCUGUACCCAGAGGAGAUCCCCAACUCUUUGAAUAUCUUCUCCAGCAGCAGCGACUCGGUGGCUCACUACAACCAGAUGGCUGCAGAUAAUGUUAUGGACAUUGGGUUAGCCAACGAAAAGGCCGGGCAGGAGCUGUCCUCUUACUCGGGGACUUUUCAGCCGGCUCCGGGCAACAAGACUGUCACCUACCUGGGGAAAUUCGCUUUCGACUCGCCCUCCAACUGGUGCCAGGACAACAUCAUCAGCCUGAUGAGCGCGGGCAUCCUGGGGGUCCCACCGUCUUCGGGCGCUCUCACCAGCACCCAGAGCUCGGCGGGCAGCAUGGGCCCACCGCAGGGCGAGGUGGACCAGAUGUACCCAGCGCUGCCACCCUACUCCUCCUGCAGUGACCUCUACCCGGAGCCCGUCUCCUUCCACGACCCCCAGAGCAACCCUGGCCUCACCUACUCGCCCCAGGAUUACCAGGCCGCCAAACCCGCCUUGGACAGCAACCUCUUCCCCAUGAUCCCAGACUAUAACCUCUAUCACCACCCCAACGACAUGGGCACCAUCACGGAGCACAAACCCUUCCAGAGCUUGGACCCCAUCCGCGUCAACCCGCCCCCCAUCACCCCGCUGGAGACCAUCAAGGCCUUCAAGGACAAACAGAUCCACCCGGGCUUCGGGGGCCUGCCGCAACCGCCCCUCACCCUCAAACCCAUCCGACCCCGCAAGUACCCCAACCGGCCCAGCAAGACCCCACUCCACGAGCGACCCCACGCCUGCCCGGCCGAGGGCUGCGACCGCCGCUUCUCCCGCUCCGACGAGCUCACCCGCCACCUCCGCAUCCACACCGGCCACAAACCCUUCCAGUGCCGCAUCUGCAUGCGGAGCUUCAGCCGCAGCGACCACCUCACCACCCACAUCCGCACCCACACCGGCGAGAAGCCCUUCGCCUGCGAGUUCUGCGGCCGCAAGUUUGCCCGCUCCGACGAGCGCAAGCGGCACGCCAAGAUCCACCUCAAGCAGAAGGAGAAGAAGGCCGAGAAGGGCUCGGCCGGGCAGCCCCCCGCCGCCCCCGCCCCUGCCAACGCCGCCGCCGCUGCCACCUCGCCCCCCGUCGCCCUCGCCCCCGCUGUCACCACGUGCGCUUGAAGGGACCGGUGGAAGGUGGCACGUUGUGGCACGGUUGGUGCUUCCGUCUCCUCCUCUUGGUCCUCUGCACCACCCCGCUGCUCUCAGAGAGGGAGGAUGGGGGGGGGGGUGUCCCCGGGGGUGGUGGCUUUGCCCCCCCCCCGGCUGGGUUUAGGA